GCACCCAGCAGUAUGUGCGCGCCCACGGGAGGGGCCGAUAGAAAAUGGCGAGUCUGUGCAAAAGGCAGCAAUGCACGAUAGAGAGGCGCGGCUUUCGGCAGGAACUUGACUCUUGGAGGCACAAACUCAUUCACUGUGUAGGCUUUGAAAGCAUCUUGGAAGGCUUGUUUGGGCCGGGACUAGUCAAAGACAUCACCCUUUUCCAAGACUGCGAGCCAGAGGAGGUGUCUGACUGGUCCUUUGAUGAAAACUGUCUCUUCUGCUGCUUAAGACGUGAGAAAGUCAAGGAGCACGGCGUGGAGAACGGUGGAGGCAGCCACGUGCUGUCGGAGUGUGAAGACUUCAAACAGGAGCAGUCUCGGAUCAGCCGACUGGAGAGACAGGCUCAAGACUUCCUCAAUGCUGUGUUCCACAGAAAAGACCUCCCAAGUUUCUCAGACCCUCACAUUCCUCUAGUGGCUCGUGAGAUCAUGCAGCGAAUGAUCCGCCAGUUCGCUGCUGAAUAUACCUCAAAAACUACUCAGGACGACCCGCCCCUGCCCAACGGCACCAUGAAGGACCAAAGCCUGCCAAAAGCGGUGUCUCUGGCCCCGGCCCCCAGCUCUCCGCCCGGGCCACUGGCUGCGCCAAACUCUCCUCCAUCAUCUGCCUCCUCCUCUCCAUCCCCGACCCCGGGACGAUGCUUCAGCCCCACCUCCGCUGCUGCUGCCUCAGCACUCGCCUGCACCCAGAGCAGCAACAGUACGGGAACCAGUAAUGGUGGGGGAGGAGGAGGAGGUACGGCUGCUGCCUCUGCACAGAAUCCCGUCCUCAGCAAGCUUCUCAUGGCCGACCAGGACGGCCCGUUGGACCUCACCGUUAAGAAGAACCAGGCUGAUCCAGAGCCCAGCCAGCAGGAUGGCGUCCUAGACCUCUCCACAAAGAAGAACCACAGUGCAGGCAGCCCCAAAGCUUUGCUCAACUUCACCCCCAAACCUGGACUCAAAGGACUUUCAAUCAAAGCAGAUCAUACCCUGCCAGAGGCGGAAGAGGAGGAUGGGCUGCUGCAGAAAAGUUUGCAGGACGGAAUGAGGGAGAAAUAUGUCAACUCUAACUCCUUCAAGCCCCCACUGGCCCGCUCGCUGCGUAUUAAGGAAGAGCUUCUCAGCCAGAAGCAUCGCCUUCUGAGUCAACCUCCUGCUCUUUCACUGUCUAAUCUAGAGUCAGCUGGCUUGCUCAGUCAUAGCCAGUCCCAUUCCUUGCUUGGCCAAAAGGGUUCUUCUUCAUUUUGGGGAAGUAAGGCUCACCUUGAAAGCCUAAUGAAGCUGAAGCAAGCCAGUGGAGCUUUGAGCGACCUCAAAGACCUGCCUACAUUCCUGGAGCAUCAACACCACAACCACCACGGAGCCUUCGCCUUUAAGAGUUCCCUUCAUCAUCACCACCACAAUCAGGUUUCCAAGGCCCAACAUCAUCACAUUGAAGGAAAGAGAGACCAAGGCCACUCGCCGCCUGUUGACCUGAAAAUCCCCCAGGUUCGGGGCAUGGAUCUUUCCUGGGAUUCCCAUUCCUCUGAGCUUUAUGGCUACGGUGCCAUGGGGGUCGGGGGUGGUGGCCAUGGGGACAACACCCUGAGCCGGAAGCUAAGAGCCAUUCUGCCAAAGCAGAACCGCCGAGGAGGAAGCCUUGGGAGCCUCUUGGAUGGGGCCGCUGAAUAUUGGAACUCAGACUUGGACCACUCAAGUUCUGGGCCGGCGUACUCCAUCUCAGAUGUGGAAGGGGACCCAAGCUCCAAGCAGCCAAGGAAGAAGAGAGGCCGAUAUCGCCAGUACAACAGUGAGAUUCUGGAGGAGGCCAUAGCUGUAGUGAUGAGCGGGAAGAUGAGCGUGUCCAAGGCACAGAACAUGUAUGGGAUCCCACACAGCACCCUGGAGUACAAGGUCAAGGAGCGCAUGGGGACCCUGAAGAACCCCCCAAAGAAGAAGCUCAAGCUGAUGAUGAAGAUGGAAGCAGGAGGCCAGGAGUUUCCCAACGAGUCGGAGAACACGCCCACUGCAACCCCACGAGGCGACGGUGCAUCGCUAGCAGCUGCCGAGCUCAAGGACAAUGUAAAAGAAGAAAUCGAUGACGAUUUCAAACCGAUCGACUAAACGACUUACACAUGUAAACCUCAACUGACUUAAGUAAUUUGAAAAUGGAUGGGGCUUUAUUUGUGCCAAUUUACUUUGCAGUAUCUGGGUGAGCACAAAUGCAGGGAUUAUAUGAGGAGGAUUCUUAAACUGGAGAGACACAACUAAUCGGAUGGUUCUUAACUAGUGUCAUUUGAGCGAUGCUAUAGAAGCAUUUGUUCAGCUUUUCUAUUCAGGGGCUUAACAAAUGCAGCUAAAGACAUUAGGUAAAUGACAAUUAUUUACGCAUGCUGAUAAUCCCCAACCCCCAAAAAUUCUCUCCCGUCUUUUAUGAACUUGAUACACUGAAGCAUCGCUGCUUAUAAAUGCAGUCUGCUUUGGAUUAAUAUGAUAAUGAUGGGGAAAAAUAAGGGGAAGGUUGAAAAUUAACUCCUUAGAAGAAGUGACAAAUUGGUCCCUUUAUCACUCCCCUCUUGCUCAUCAAGUACUAGCUCAAAAUUGCAACUGUAAGGUUUAAUUGUACCAUUGAUAUUCCUCAGUUAGGGUUCGGAAUCAAACCCACUCUCUUAUUGCCAGGUAGCCAUGACGCUUUAACUGAAAAUCCUUUUCUUUCCUCCUUCAAAUAUUCUGCUAAUUUCCGUGCGGACGAAAAGCAAGAAUAACCCAUCCUUUUUAUGAACGAGAAGACACAAAAGUCAUUCAGGGAUGCAUGUUUGUGAGUUUCGUGGACACUACUGACUUCUGUAAUCGACUUCUUUUCCUCUAUCUUUUCGUUUGAUUUGUUUUGCUUUCUUUUGCACUACAUUUUGGGUCUGGCGCUUACAGACCAGGUUACCUCGGCAUUGUUGCCCAUGCAUCAUGCACUUAUUAUGGUCUGUCUCUGAAGCCCAGUCACAACUUUGCAAAGGGUCAGAGGUGCACAUCGCCUGCAUACGCUGAUUCAUAUUCAGAUGCAGGAGGCUUCUUUAACCCUCUUUUUUGCCAAGGGACAAUUUAAGGGGUGAUCUGCUUAUGGAUCAGCGGGGGUUUUUUAAGGCGGAAUGCUACCUCACGGACCUCCAUCAGUCUCUCACUGCUGAUCCUGGAAAGCCGGAGCCACCCGCAAACGGUGACUAAAGCGAGCUCACCAUCUCAUGAAGAUCGUUACUGGACAAAUGCCUUUUAGGAUCAGAAUGUGAAACUGUGCUGCUACCCAGUUCAUUAUCCAGUUCCUAUAGAGGCUUUAGUUAACCUAAGCUAAUGGAUUUUGGCUUCUUAGCUAACGACACCAUAUUGCUGAUGUUGUUUUUUUCUUUCCUUUUUCUAAUCAAAACCAAGCAGAAGCAACUCACAUGAGUUUUAAAAGAAAUUCUUCUCCCUAAAACUUCAAAGAUGGUUUUAAAGGCAGUUUACUACAACAAUGUGCAUUUAUUGUGGGGUGUUCAGUUUGGGGUGGUGGGUGGGUAAUAUGCAGUGGGCGGGGGUAGUUGGUAGGUGGGGGAAAGGCAGAUUUUAAUAUAUUAUAACUUAUUAUGACUGAAUAUGUAAAAGCCAAUCCAUGAUUCUGGGUGUUUUUUUUUCUCUCCUCAUUUUUAACUCAGGGUAACUGAGACAGAUGUGGAUUACAAAUAUGGUAAUUUCCUGUUGGACCUAAUAGUAGAUGAAAAGAGGACACGGCAAGCUUCUCAGCAGUGCUUUGACUCUGGGAGGGCCAUAUGGAUAAUAUGGCGGUGCCAUAGCAGCAGAUAGACCUUUAAGGAAAAGAACAGAACACUGGUGUUGGAUUUGUGGAUUUAUGGCGCUGAACCUCUAAGAUAGCACUUUUUAAACACAAGAAGAAAAACAAAGGAGAAAGAAAGUUUAAGGUUAUGCAUGCAGUGUAGCUCUUUUCUGAGGAAUACAACAGAGGGGGCAAUGAGGAGGUCAGAGAGAUGGCAUAAAAAAAAGCUUUAGUGUUUCUGAAAGGUGCAGCUUGGACCCAAACCACUUAUUUUCCUCUCAAUUACCUCCACCGUUUAAAAAGAAAAGAAAAAAAAAGUUUGACAGCUUGAACAAGUUCAGUUUUGUGUAGUGUUGUCUCGUUGUUUUCCCCUCCCCCUCGUCGCUAAAUGUCGCUCUUCGCUCCUGACACUGCCUGGUGCUCACCCAGUCUGUGAGAUUUUUGACAUGAGAAUUGUAACUCUGCUCAGAUGAAAUGACGAUGAUUCACUCCUUUUGAAAUGUAUUGUACAUUUUAUUUAUUUGAUUUGAUUUUGUUUAUUCUCUUUUAACAAAUGGCAUGCACCACUAUUUUUGGCUGAUUUUGGGUUUGGGCCAAUUCAGAAUAUUAAUCUUGAGAGUAAUAAUAAUCCAACACAGUUAAGUUUUGAAUCAAUCACAAUCUAGUUAUGAUUAGAAUCAUUUACUACCUGUUGCUAUCUUCUCCCACCCCUGGGGUUACUGGUUGUCCACUUUGUGUGACUGCCAGGCAUGCAAAGCUAACUGAAGUAACUAAAAAAAACCAACAACAAUAAAAAGUAGUAAUCCUGGGACAAUAUAGCCAGGAAUCAAUAUGCAUGAAAUGCGUCCAACACUUUGCCAAUGCUGAGCAUUUGAAGUGUCUAAAAGGUUGUCGCGUGCAUCAAGUUGGACCCAGCGAAGGACAAUGCACUGAUCUGAUAGUUAAAACAGGAUCAAAGCCUGAGUGGUGAUAGUAAAGCACUUGUUAUGAACCUGCCUUUGAUACAAGGCACCAAAGCUGUGAAUGAAAGUAGGAACAAAACACAUCUCACAUUGUGUUCCCUCACACCAAUCUCCCUGGUCAUGUAAUAUGUUUAAAAAAAAAAAAAACCCAUUUAUGCAUUAUGUAAUUGGCGUCAUGUGUGCAUAAAUUAACUCAAUUGGCACUUUGACUGAAAUCCCCUGAGAGAGGCGAUUCCUUGAGGGCCAAACAAUAUCUGCUGUAUAAUUUAUUCAAGUGACUAAAUCAUCUACAAAACUUUCCUCUCGACCUUUCUUGAACCUGUUACGUUACAGCUGGCUUUGGCUCUGUAUUUGUCGUUGCUUUCUAAAAGCACGAGUCCCAUUUUCAGCCUGAACUUAUCUACUGAGGUGCAUGCCAUUUAUAUACACACAUAUAUUUAUUUUGUUUCUUUUUCUCUUGGGUUUCGUUGAUUGUUUCUAGUCAUGUGGUUAACCGCUCCCCCUGUCCGAAAAUGUCCUCCUCCUUGCAACCGAGUCUCACUUACGUGUCUAUCUAUUUAUAUUCUGACAAAAUAACAAACACUCGAGUUAAUGAAUGUAGUGACAUGAAUCCGUCGAACAGCAGUCUGCAGAUGCUUGAUUUUUUUUUUAACAGACUGUUGCUUUCUCUCCUUUCGCUUUCUGCUGCUGUCAUUGGAAACACGGUCGUUUUCAGUAGCCUUUAAUACCGCAAAUGUCUCAGGAUCGAGCCAGUGGGAUGGGCAGCAAUAUUUGUCAGUCGGAAAAUGGCGCAUGACUUAACUACCUGUACUGAAUUAGUAGACGCGUGUACGCACGCACGCGCUCACACACAACAUGCUAACUUGGUCAGUAGAGACCAAGCGCUAUACCUCAUUCUCAGAACUCCUUUCCGUGCCUCGUACUUUCACGUAUCCCUUACCUGGGAGCUUGGCAAAGGUGUAGUUGAUACUCUGGGAAAUACAGUAUCCUCCACUGUUUCUACGCUUUUAUAAGCUUUUCUUCUUUGUUUCGCCUUCACAUUGCAAAAAAAGACACGUCAAGUGUCUGACUGACCAAUACUUGCCACCCACCUCUUUUAAGGUAUUUUUUUUAUUUGCGAAAAAACAUUAUAGCAUAGCUAUCCCAGGUUUAGGUUGGUCUUAUAUGGGGAGAGUAAAACCCUCUUCCUGCUAAAAUUCUAAACAUUUACAGAUUCAGUCAUCUGGUUUCACCCUGGAGGCUGUGAGUCAGGUUGGUUCCACCCUGGUUUGAGAAGGAAUACUUUUUUUUUUAAAUAUACAUAUGUUUGUUUCCAAGUGUAACAGAACUCCAGGAUGAAACCUGACCAGGGUACUUUUUGUCCUUUUUCUUUCUCAAACCCAGAGAAAUCAGAGACCCAGCAGUGGAGAUUGGGGGACAGGUGGACAAGUUAACCUUCCUUUAUGAGCUGUGAUUUUUUUCUUAAACAUUUGACACUGUAUUCCCAAACAAAACAAAAAAAAAUGCAGCACGCACAGGAAAAUGUCCUUAACGAUGUUCAAAAUGAAAAAAAGCUAUAUCUUAUGAAUAUGUAUGUAUUUAUUUUUACUGUUUUUUGCAUCUUCAUGUGAGCUAAUCAGUUUCUCUUUGGGGUUUUUUUUAGGUCGGUUGUAAUUCAAUUUGUUUUUUUUUUCUUCUGAGAGAAAGACUGACAAAGAUAUAAAAAGGAGAAAAAAAUGUCAAAAAAAACAAACAAAACAACUACUGUAACCUCACUUAUUAGACGACACGGGAUGCGCCGUUCUGUCAUUGGGCGGUGCGCGAUGUGGUGGGAUACCAGGAAGGAAAGAAUUAUGUAUACGGUUGCCGUGCACCUCUCCGCAGAGAAGUUGCGUCUGUUUCUUAUUCUGUCACGCUGCAUAUCUGGUUGUCAUUUAUACCUCAGGUCUGACCACUUCAAAGCAGCUGAUUGUAUAUUAGAAACACAGAAACCAGAAGAAUCAGGAUUUUUAGUGCGGCUCGUUUCCAGAUUUUUAGAUGUAACUGACAUAAGCAGAUUUUGAAAUUUUCUUUUCUUGUGAUUGUUUGUACUGUUGUUCUUCAAAUGGCAUAUUUGUUUGUUAAACAAAAAAGAAAAAUGAAUUCUUUAAAAGCCAGAAGCCAGGUUUCCAUGAAUACAGUUCUGUAUUCUUGCUAGCACAGAGCGCGCGCGCACGCACACAAACCAAUAGAGACGUGACGCACCCACAGCAACACACAUUCUCGCUCCUCAUCAGGUAGCCACACUUUGUGUGGGCGGAUUAUAUGUAUAAUUAUGAAGCUGGAGUCUGCCGUGUCUCUUUUAGAAGCAGGUGGGUGUGUUUUGUCCACAGCCUGCAGAACAUCAGCCCUGCUGGCUGAUUUUGAUCUGGCACACUGGGGCACUGCAGGCACUGCCUCUGUGAAAAUCACUUUGUUUGUUUCUUGCCUUUCAACAAAGACUCCUUUUCCUUUUUUCUGGUAAAGGAAAAAUCCUCCCUACAGUUGUUCUCUUCUAAGUGGCCAGUCUGCGGUGCUUUGUGCAUUCCUGCAGUCUUUUUUAGAACGUUUCCUUCAAGCUACCUAGUCUAUUUUUGCUGCUGUAAGUGACAACCCUCAAUUCCCAGGACUUCUUUUCACGGGGCCUGGAGGAUGGGGAUGAAUUUAUUGGGUGGUGAGGCAAUAGAAAUGGAACGAUUUGGAGUCGAGGGCUGCAUUCGGUUUUGGCUGGACGUGGGGAAAUCAAUAGCAGAACGUGCUGUUUAUUUGAUAUAGAAAGAACGUGUGGUAAAGCGUCGUAUCUGCUUGCCAAAAAGCACAAACAUGAAGGAUGACUUCUCGUCAAUAAAUCAUUCAAGUCUUAUUUAGAAGGCAUGUUCGUAGGAGCAUUUUCUUUAUCUGUUUUUAAAUAAAAUCCCACAUUUGACCUAUAGCGAGACACUUCAAAUCAUAUAAAGGUAAAGUAAGCAUUGCUCCUCGACUGUCUCUUGCAGGAUUGCACGCUGCUCUCUCGAGACAAUUUGAGCUUUAGGCUUGGAUUUAUCUACUUAAAGACAAAAAUGAUUUUGCAGUCUAAGAACCAGCUGCAGGAAUGCACAGCAUAUCACCAGUAGUUAAAAUGAUGGAUUAAGUCCGCAGUCCACAAUUAAUCCCAGUUUUGGACACAUGUCUGAGAAAAAUAUGCCCAGUGUGCUUUGGGAUGGAUUUUUCUUUUAACCACAUAUCCAACUGCAUAUCCAAGAAUCAUUUUUGCUCUCUUGCAACAGGAUCUACUGCACUCGGAACGCAGUUUUCCAAAGUAAGAAUCGGCAUCAACUGACAGUUACGGUUCUCCUCGUCCAUCGUAAGCUGUGCUGUUUCUUCUCGACACAUUUGUACAAGCGCUGCUAAGAGGUCUGUUGAAAUGUGCACCUCCUCUGACGCGGAGCGCGAUGCCAAGUUUUUUAAAUGUCAAAGUGUUUGUGACAAGCAGUCACUCAGGAGCAGGUUGGCUUUGAAAGCAGAGCUGAGUACAGAUCUUAAAGGCCAGACACGCCUCUGGAAUGAUGCUGAUCUGCAGCAAUCAACACAACAGACUCCUUCACUCGCUGCUGUUUAACAGCAUUAAAGAAACGUGGACGUGCCAGGGUACUUUGGCACAAAUCACAAACUAACGAUGCCCUCCAAGGAUAAAAAGUUAUUUGAACAUUUUUCCAGUAGGCUUUGAUUAUUUUUACGGGGCCGAAUAAGUGAUUACAUAAAGUUGUUCAAUCAGUGGAAUCAAGAGUGCCUUUUUGAAGACUCUUAUCUUGAAUUUGAAGAAACAAUCUCAAAUCUAGUGCUCAAGGGUUGCUUUCUUAAUCAAGUAUAAUCUAACAACCUGGUUGAAAUUACAAAGUAGCUUGAAGAGUGGCAUUUUUCCUUCAAAGAAAACGUGAGAUUCGGGUCAAAUUUGUAGGUUUAAAAUCCACAGCCCCACCCUCCUGUUACCCUGCUUGAUUAGGUUACACCGUGAGAGGCACACUUUUUUUAUUUUCCUUACCCAGCAGGCCCUCUUUGCUGGUGUGCAUCUCAGCCCUCCUUACAGACAGUCAGAUAGAUGCAGUGGUCUGAGGAGGUGGAUGGGAGUGCAACGGUGAAAUCUAAGUGAAGUGGAGAAGAAUAAAGGCCGCCGAAGGUCGCCUUCCCCACCCCCACGAUACGGUUAAACAUCAGGCUUUUAUUGAGAUGAUGCUGAAAUCCACUUCAGAACUCAACAUUACUUUACUGCUGAUCUGAAGCUUUUAGGUACAAAAAUAGUUGACCAGAUUCAAUGUGAUUCAAUGGGGGGUGAAAAUGCAAUUCGGGGCUUUGUGAAGGAACUCUGAGGUGCUCUUGUGUGUUGCCAUGACAAUCUUGCAGCGUCGUUCCCGUGUGGAGGUGUGUCUGGCCCUUUACAGCCACCUACAUGGACCAGCUGGUCUCUGUUCCUCUGACCUCAGAACCAACUCUGCUGACACCUGUUCACAAAGAUUUAGGGUCUAAUUUGGAUAUUUUAGUAGAACUUGAGCAGUGCGGCAGAUUCAUUUGCUUUUGUCUAGUGUACUUUGUGUUGAGGGAAAUGCUACCGGACUAAGACACGAUGCUACAGACCACAAAGAUUGAAAUUGUUGCUACCUCAGUCUGUCAUGUCUGUAGCAAUCUAUUCAGAUGCAGAGAAGUCAGCUGCACAAGGCUGACUUGAAAACUGACGCGUAUUUCCUCUUAGGUAAAGUUAAACUCACUUUUCAUUCGUUCCCAGGCUGUACAUCCAUGUGAAUCUUCAUCAGCCCUUUUCAGGGACCUCUGGUGAAGUUAAAUGCUGCAUAGAGGAUUUUAUCAGGCUGUUGGUUUUUUCCUUACAGAAAAUGUGUCCGAUUUUGACUUUCCUAUCUAUAAAAAGUUUCCAGUGAUGCUCUGUCAUGCCGGCGCGUCUCUUUACAGAAGACAUCAACUUCUUGAUACCGUCACUUUUUGUCCCGUGGUUAUGUGUCAUUCUCACAGCAUCUUUGGUCGUUGGAGUGUGAGCGCUGCAGGGCUGACAGGGCCUCGUUUGUUCCCAGAGAGAUGGGGCGUUCCUGGGCUGCUGCAGGUCUGUCACCUUUCUUCAGGCCUUUUCAUAAACGCCAUUUCCUUCUUCUUCUUCUGGUGUUCUGUUUUUAUUCUGGUAACUCUUCACAGAAGCUUUUCUUUUCUUGGGUUAACUGUGUACAUAUUUGUUUUUUAAAGACAGGGCAUGAGGCUCUUUUAUCACUAUCCUCUGAGAUACUGAGUCUUUCUAGAAGGAAAGAAAACCCACUGAAAUUCUUCGUAUGGGAUUUGGUUGACAUUUCAGCUGUAGUGUAAAUUUUAUGAACUCUCCCCGUGUUUUAAAGGUUUGAUCUCUUGUUUUGAUGGUUCAGGGUAAUGAGUUCGGGCUUGGCUUUUGGUUUCUAUGUUUAAAAAAAGAGAGAGAGAGAGAGGGAGCAAGAAAAGCAAGAAAAAAAGUGAGCAGGCGUUGUGUUUCGUUGAAAUCGCCCGUGUGUUUUCCGUGAUCCUCUUGUAGCUUGUUUUUGCCGUCCUUCACGUCAUGACGUUCGCUUAAUUUGCCGUCUCUGACAGCCACGUACCUUCUCCGUUACCUUCGAGUUAUGAAGUCUACACUACAUGCAGAUAACCACUGCAUUUUUAGUCAAGCUGAAGAACAACACUGGCUCAUGAGUAAGAUCGAUUGUCAGGUCAGACAGACUGGCACUCGCUGAGUGGAUAUUGGAGGUCGGUCGUCAGACAGGAUGUUUGGUGGGUGAGAUACAAAUUCUCAAACUGUAAAGAAGAUUAAAUGUCACGAGAUCUCACACUCAUCUGGAAGCAAGAACAUCACUUGAAAGGGUAUUUUAUUGUUUUUGAUGAAUUCUGUACUUUGUUUUUUAGCCAAAUACUUUUCCAGUGCUUUAUAAACAGCAAGGAUUGUAAAUCUGAAUAACUCAUAGCAGGGGAGGCUCAUGCAGCGCUCGUUUAACAGCCCAGCUCGUUGGUUCUCUGGAGAUCUAACAAGACUCGGACUGUCGCCUUCCCAAAUGUAAAGAUUACAGGACGCUGCUCCAUUAAAAGCAAGAAGAGAAAAAAAAAUAAAGCAGAACGAGCGCUUUGAAUCCACGUGCGGGAAAAAUAACGCUGUGUUUGUUCUUUCUUUCAGUCUUUGAUGACGCUCUUUUUUUUCAUCUUGGUGUUUUUGGUGAGCAAAAAUGUAAAAAAGAAAAAAACGUACAACACAGAAUACCUCAGAAAAGAAAUCCAUGUAACCUUGACGACCUCCUUAUAUUGUCAGACCCUGUCCAUCAACACUCAUCUCUGGACACUUUCAUCUCCAUUUUUGUCAUUUUUCUUUGUUCCUCCUGCCAAAUGUAGUGCGUCGUAGCCGCUAAAGGUUCCACAAGUUUGCUUUGUCUAUUUUUUUUGAAACACUAAUUUAGCUUCACAUUCCCACAUGUUCUAUUUUCUAAUUUGUCGACAUUCUUGGUCUUAAUCCUUUCACAGCCCACACUGCAUUGAGCUGUUGUUUUCAAGACGAUUUUAAACCGUGCUAUUUCCCAGUGGUUCAGAAAGAUUCACAGAAGACAUUCUUUGAAUCCCCGUAAAAGAUGGAAUUUUUAAAAAAACAAACUCUCCAGUCUUUUGUUUCUAAGUGGGUUUGCUGAUAGAAUGAAGGCCAACGCUGUAUGUGAAACACUUGAAACCACACAUUCCCCACCUUGUUCCCUUUGCAUACCUCUUUAUCAACUUUUUAUUGUUGUUAAAAACUGAAUGUAAGAAAAAAAAACGCAAACACAACAAACCUCUAAUUUAACUAUACAUAUUUAAGAAUAAAAGAAUACUCUAUAUGUGCACAUAGAUAUACCUAUACAAGCCCCACGCAGACAUAAACACAAAUGCAUAUGUAUAUAAAAAUCUCUAAUGUCAUAUACUUUUAUCUUGAAAAGGAAGAGGAUGAGCCUUUUCCAUUGAUGAUUCAGGGAAACAAUACAGAAGUCCAGUGCAGUAUGUUCGGUGAAAUCGCUCCCACUCUGUCGCUUUUGGUGUUUGUUUUCUUACUCUGUUCUUGCUUGCUAUUUUCCCAUGAUGUAGCAUAGGGCAAAGGGGCAGGGCGGCUCGAGGUUGUUUUUGGGUUUUUUUGUUAACAGACGAUGUAGUGAAACUAGGAUCUUGUGUAGUUGUAGUCUUUUUAGGCCUGAUUCUGUGAAAUGGGGGGAUGGGUGGGUAAGCGGGUGGGUCUCUUUUUUCUUUUUUUCCUGAAGCGGACACUGUAAAGACAGUAUAUGUAUGAAGAUGACUUAGAUAUGAAGUCACACUGGGUGGGUUGAAGGGCUGCAGGGAGGGUGAUGGCUUAUCUUCAGGAUGGUCGUGUAUAUAGAUCGGCUUUACCCAUCAGUCCUCGCCUGGUUUUUCACAGGUGGGUUGGGAUUGUAUACUGAAGGCACUGAGAAUGAACGGUUUUGCGUGUUUUUAUGUCUAGAAAAGAAAAGACUGUUUUAAAUGAAGGAAGUGGAGGGGCGAUGAACCCCGUUCAGGUUCUCCACAGAAGCCAACAGACAGCCAAGUUGUUAGAAAAAGCGGCUCCCUCGAAACACCGCUUUGCUGGGAGUGACGGAUGAUUUCGUGGACGUUGACGCUCUUGAUAUUUUUGCAUGCUGGUGUACAUACCCCUCAGUCCUUUUGUUUGAAGAGGCUGGUUAAUCCAAAAGCUCUCCUUUUCUUUUUGGAUGUUGUCCGCAGGACAGAUUCGGAUGUUUUGAAUAUAAAAUAUAGCCCCCCGAGGAAAAAAAAAAUCCCCUUUCCUAAGAAGGUGCACCUAAGGUGUUUGUUUGUCACUGCAACAGCUUUCGUAGUAGUUUUUGGCUAACGCUCUUUUGCAAUCAUUCUGUUUUCCUUGUGUAAAGUAAUUUUUUUUCAAGUGUAUGAGUGUGAAUGUGUGUGCCUAUGUAAGAAACGAUGUGCAAAGCUUGCUUCUUUCGAUUUUUUCCCCCUCAGUUCAACCAUGUUUUCGCCUCAGAGUUGUUUUUAAGGAACAUUAAUCUUUUUAUGCUCUUAUGGAAACUCAAUGAAACAGCGUGCAAGUUUGAAGAACUGCAUCUCUGUCUGUAAAAGAUGCUUCUCUCUGGGCACCUUACAGACCUAAAUUGCAUUACCUAGACACCCUCAGGGACCCUUGACAACACUGCUCUCACUCUUAUUCAGGUACUUAAUCUAUACCGAGGCCUAGCAGUGAUCAACUUUAACUAUAGUUUAUUUCAUAAGCCUGUUCCUAUGAAAACGAAUUACAGCCAAAAUUUGAUCCGAAACAGUCUGUCUCGCCCUCUACUCAUGGAAUUACAUCUCGUUUUCUAUCCUUCCAUGUCUCUUUUUGUAACCUCUGGAUAGGUUUAGUAUGUUCUGAAUGUUAGCUGUCUUCUCAGUUCAUAACCACUGAGUCUUUGUAAGCACUCUGUUCUCUCUCUGACUUGCGUUAAGUGCCAUGGCUUUUGCUCUGUGCAGUAAUCAGGAAUCGAUUAUUGUGUUGCUACGAAGCACCAACCUAACAGUGACUUACACCAAGCUAACCUCUUAAAAUAAACACGUCAGACAAGUGCACACAACAGUGGCUUGGCUUUAAAAUUGUCUUUAAAGCCGUCCACGGUCCUUUACAAAUGCUGGUUUAAAAACCAGAGAAGAUACAGUAAGCCAUCUUCAGGUAUCCCUCUGGUUUAAGUGCUAACUUUGUUUUGUUUUUUUCUCCACCACCUGUGGAGCCACACACAACAGAGAAAUGUGAUGGAUCUGCCUUCAGUUCUUCUAAAGCUUCAGGGAAAACCUAGUAACCCUCUCUACAAAGCUAAGCUGACUCUUGUGUCACCAAACCUGCGGCUGUGUUCAGGAACGAGGCGAGUCUAACUUGGGUAGAAAUAUCUGCUGGGCAGUUUUCAGUGAUGUUGUGCACAUUUGUUCUGUGAUUUUGUUUUUUAAUUUCUGGGGUUUUUUUUAAGACAGCCACUCAUCUCUGCUGUGAUUGGUUGAUGCCUCUGCUGGAUGUUAAGUGUUUGUGUUGCUUCGCACAGCUUGGCAGAUUCCAAUGUCUGUUUUAUGCUAAGAACUAGUCAUGCAAAGCAGUUAUUUAUUGGCCUGGUCUUGAUGACAGGAGUGUAGUAUACAUAUUGCCUAAAUUUUGUACCUCUUACAACAAUCACAUCACUGAUGUUUGGUGAGAACUAUGUAAAGCUGUAUUUCAUGUUAGAGCUCUUGCAAUUACUUUCUACAUUCCUAAUGUUGGUUUUGGUAGUGACCUGAUUUUGUUGUGAUAGAAAUAAAUCUGAUUGGUUUGGAAAAAGGCUUGUAAUAUUUGGUAGAUGCAAGAAGUGUUGUCCAGGGGUUUAGACUUUAGUUUGGAUAGAACAACAAACCUCUUUUCUUGUUCUUGGUUUUUGUCCUGCUGAGGUUUCUAAGAUUUCGUAAUCUCACCUCGCUUCUUAACGGGUGGCUGGACGCCCCGAGACGGGGUCUGCUGGGCUUCUUUUUUUGUUUUCCUCUUUUCCACUGAGAUUUUGUUUUUGGGUUUGACGAUAUACCUCAUUCCUUCAGUCCAGCGGGCCCUCGGGGGGGCGCUGUGCCGAUGCUCAGGACGCUCAAGCCCCCUUUCACGGUUUGGUCCCACCUGGACUGUACCUCUCAUAAACACACAUACACACAUGCAUGCACACUUACAUACAGGUUCUCCAAAUACCCCGAUGGACCUCAUUUUUCAAUAUCUACUGUUUACAGUUUGACUAAAAAACUAAUUUAAAAUAUUUUCUCAUAUUGUAGUUUAAUUUAUGUACAAUGUACAAUUUGUUUUUCGUUUGUUUUCAUUCUAUUUUGUACGUUGUGAGUUGGACUUUUAUUCUUCUAGACUUCUGUUAUUAAUGUCCAUGUAAAUGAGCACUUAACAAGGAUCACAAUAAUCGGUUUUAGUUUGACUGACAAUUUUAUUUCCCCCCUUUCUUCCUGUUUUGAAUUCAAAAUCUGAUUUUUUUUUUGUUUGGGCUAAUGAAUAAAAAAUCAUCUCAUAAUGUCUGUGAUUUUUUUUAUAUAAAAAGAUUAAAGAUGAUGAUUUGAGUUCCUUUGUUUUUUGUUUUUUUUUUACUUUAUUUUGCAUUGAAUAUCAGGCGACGCUGAUUAUAUCUGUCUUUGUGCAUGUGUAAAAUAUUUUACUGGUUAUGUUAUAUUCAAUUUGGUAAAAAAGGAAGAAAAAAAAAGAAAAAAGAAAAUUGCCAUUUUUGCCACACAUUUCAGCUGUAAUGUUGUGUAAGGUAGUAUUCACUGGAUGCUAGAACCUUCUUUUCAAAACCACUAUUCUUCUAAUAAAUUUUGUUG